UUAACACUUUUAUUGAUGAGCUGAUUUCAUAUUACUCAAAUUAUGGAACGAUGGCGUGUUUUUUUCAUAAGUGCAUAGUAUUUUUUACACGAUAUGGAGAUCUCGCCACGCGUUCCUUUGGGAAUCAGUGAUCCGGAUAACUUUUAUACCAUGGAUCCAGGUGGGCUUUCAACAAGUUUUAAGUGUCGUUUAUCUUCUGGAACGUGAUUUAAGUUCAUUCUGCGAUUUGUUUGAGGUUGUUAGGCUAACGACUUCAGGGUUUCUCAAGACUUUGAUAAGGUUUUAUCGUUCAUUUACCUCAAGAUACGAAGCUCGCCGGCUCUUAUGGGAAUAAAACACUCCUCCCGCUGUUUGCUCCUGAGGAGAAAAAUGGCGGAUACGGAAAGCACUGAGCAACAGCCCCUGAGUGCUGCCCCAUCCCAGUCUGUCCAGCCAUCUCCUCUGCCCAGACCAGUGUCAUCGGUCCAUCAAGCCCAGCGGCCCACACACCCGUCCCACGCUCCUCACACCCCUCAUUCAGCCAGCUUACCCAGCUGCCCUGGCAGAGGAAAGAUGGCCAAGUUCCUGAACCCAGAAGAGAUGACCUCCAGGGAUUACUACUUUGACUCAUACGCCCACUUUGGCAUUCACGAGGAAAUGCUAAAGGAUGAAGUGAGGACGUUGACGUACAGGAACUCCAUGUACCACAACAAACACAUCUUUAAGGACAAGAUCGUGCUGGACGUAGGGAGUGGAACUGGCAUCCUCUCCAUGUUUGCUGCCAAGGCUGGAGCCAAGCACGUGUAUGGGAUUGAAUGUUCAAGUAUAUCAGAAUACUCAGAGAAAAUCAUCAAGGCCAAUCAUCUGGACAGUGUUAUAACCAUCUUUAAAGGGAAAGUGGAAGAAACGGAGCUGCCAGUAGAUCAGGUGGACAUUAUCAUCUCGGAAUGGAUGGGCUACUGCCUUUUUUAUGAGUCCAUGCUCAACACUGUCAUCUACGCCAGAGAUAAGUGGCUGAAACCUGGAGGUCUCAUGUUCCCAGACCGAGCUGCUCUCUAUGUGGUGGCCAUUGAAGACAGGCAGUACAAGGACUUCAAGAUUCACUGGUGGGAAAACGUCUAUGGAUUUGACAUGACCUGCAUCAGGAAUGUAGCUAUGAAAGAACCACUGGUGGAUAUUGUGGACUCAAAACAAGUGGUGUCUAACGCCUGUCUGAUCAAGGAAGUGGACAUCUACACGGUGAAGCCGGAGGAACUGUCCUUCACCUCGUCCUUCUGUCUGCAGAUCCAGAGGAAUGAUUACAUCCACGCUUUGGUCACCUACUUCAAUAUUGAAUUCACCAAGUGUCAUAAGAAGACGGGCUUCUCCACAGCACCAGAUGCCCCUUUCACACACUGGAAGCAGACGGUGUUUUAUCUGGAGGAGUAUCUGACUGUGAAAAGAGGAGAGGAGAUUGUCGGCACCGUCAGCAUGAAGCCAAAUGAGAAGAACAUACGUGAUCUGGACUUUACGUUUGAGCUGGAUUUUAAAGGUCAGCUCUGUGAGGCCGCAAUCGCUCAUGACUACAAGAUGCGCUAAGUGUCCAGCAGAGGGCAGAGCAUUCAGAGAAGCAGAAGCAGAAGAGCAGCUCUCCAUCAAAGCUGAAGCUGCUGCUGGAAAACACACAUAGAGAAAGACCAGAACACAAGCUGUUCGCUCUGGGAGAUGUGCCAGUGUUUUUUUUUUUUUUCUUUUUGGAGGGGAUAACAAUAGCAGCCUUGCCUUCGCUAACCAUAACCUGCACUAUUUUGCCAUCUCUCUGACUUUUCAGGGGCCAAAAAUGACUGACAGCCCUCUGCAAACAAAAGAAUGUCAUGGUUUUAUGAAUGUUAAGUGUAAGUUUAGGGUUUCUUUGCUUUUAUAUUUGAGGUGUGAGUUGAGGUGUUCAUGUUGAAGGAUGUUGCUUCAAGGAACUUUAGGAUAUUUUAAUUUAACAAUUUGUUAAUAGAAUAACUCUAGAUAUAAUGUAUUCAAACUGAAUUGGUGCUGGACUUUAGUUAUUUUAAUGCAAUAGGAUAAGUAAUCUUAAAAUCCAGGUUAUUCUCAGGAAAUGGUGCAGUUUUUAUUUAUUUAUUUGUAAAUGUUAGGGUUUAAUCUACUGCUAACUUAAGUAUCACUGAAUUAUGCUUUAAUGUGAGCAUUUCUUCUUUGGUUUGUGCUGAGCUCUGUAAAAACUUAAUCACGAUGAUUGACUUUUCACCAAGAUUGAUGAAAACAAAUUAUUGAGCAUCAUGAAGCAAAUACACAUAAAUGUAAGUCUGGAUGAGAAUGCAGUGGAACAUGUUGUGUUAAAAAUGGUCAAAAUGAUUGUUCAA